CUGAUUUCAGUUUUCUUCUUUCUUCAGAGUCACAGCAAAAGAGAAAAAGUUCGAAGAAAAACGUUUUCGAUCAAAACGUAAAGAGAAAAAGAAAAGAAAAAGGUUACACAAAUGAAAGGGUCUGACAAAAAAGUCUCAUUUUCAACUCCUCCCAUCAAAUCGUCUGCAUCUCCCAAAGGUUCAGAUGAGAAUGAUAGAAGCAAUCAGGAAUUGGGUUUGAAUCUGCAAAACCCGAAGAAAGAAACCGUGAAGAAUUUCAUGUCACCUACCGUUUCUGCAGCUUCAAAGGCCACUUUUCCAAGAAGGAAAAUCUUAGCUGAAAGAAAUGAAUCCCCAGGAUCAAAUUUCUCUAGUACUUAUCUUUCAAAAACCCCAAAUCUUGAUUCAAAAGCCUCACCUAAGACCAUUCCAAAAGCGUCACAGAAGAAUUCCCCAAAUCUUGAUCCUAAAGCUAAUUCCAAGGAAACUUCCUCUCAGAAGACACCGUUAUCAUACAGUUCCAGGGAUGAGACACCUUCACCAAGGCCUUAUGAUCCAUUAACCAAUUACCUUUCUCCAAGGCCUCAAUUCCUAAGGUAUAAUCCUACUAGGCGAAAUGAGAUCUUUUUACGCCUGAGAAUGGAGGACAAAGAAGAUGAUGAGUUGAGUGUCAGCAGCACUUCUUCUUUUGGUUCCAAGAAAGAUUCCGGUGAUAAAGCUGAUAGUGUUUCUAGUGACGGGAGUCUUUCAGAGCAAGAAGAUGAAGAGUUUGAUAUUGAAAGUGAUGAAGAGUCAGAGGAAGAAUUAGGAUGGAGUUUGAGAGGGGCGUUGAAAUAUAUGCUUUUGUUGGUUGUAUUACUACUAACUACAUCAUAUAUUUCUUCCAUGAAUUCUCCAACCCCUUCACAAGCUUUUGAGGGCCUUCCACUUUGUAAUAAGAAGAUCCAUAAUCACUCGUAUGGAAUUGUUGAGAGUGUUGAGGUUGGACAUAAGUUCUUGGAUGGAAAACAAGACCAAUUGGGUUUAUUGGGCUUAAACCAAGCUAUUGUAGAUGAAGGGAUUCAGAAAGAGAUGGUCGAAAAUGUUAACUUGGGAGAAAUAGUUAGCUUGGAGCUAGAGGAUGGAAAUUAUGUUGAAUAUGUAGAGAUGGUUGAAGAAGUAAAGAAAGAUGGGAAAAGUGAACAUGCAUGUGAAGAAGAAUUCGUUAAAGGAGCAGAUGUUUCUGACCAGUUUGUUCAGGACAAAUUGAUUAAAGAUGUAGAGAAGGUUGAAUAUUUGAAGAAAAAUGGAGAAAGUGAAAAUAAAAUUGAAGAUGAAUUGGCGGAAACAAAAGAAGUUUCUGACCAGGUUGUUGAGAAUAUUGAGUUGCAGGAGACAGAAGAAACUGGGGAACAGAUUGAAGAUGUAGAGAAGGUUGAAAGUGUAAAAGAAAAUGGAGAAAGUGAAGACGUAAUUGAAGAGGAAUUGGUGGAAACAGGAGAAGUUUCUGAUAAGAUGGUUGGGGAUAUUAAACUGCUGGGACAAGAAACUGCUGGGGAGAUUGAAUCCAUACAAGGUUUCUUGUCUGAAGGGACUGAUCACCAGGAACCUGCAUCUCAUACAACAGACUCUUCUGAGAAAGAAAGGGUGGCUGCAAAGGAGGUAAGUGAAGAAAUUCACAAUGAAGCCAGAGAUGACGAUAUGGUUCAAGGCAAUAUUUUACAAAGCGAAGUUACUAUGCUAGAGAGGUCGGGCAAAUCUAGUGCUUUUUGGAGUCUCAAUUUUGAAGAAGUCAACCCACUGAAGGGGUGCCAGCAGAUUGGAACUGAAGUACUUCUCAAGGUUAUGUUUGGGGUUUUAACAUGUGCUGCGAUCGUUGCAUCUUUGGUAUUGGGAUCUAAUAUUAGGAGAAAGGGAAUUGCAUCAAAGCAUUCUUCUCUGGUGGAUAAGCAUUCUAGCAAACCUGUUGUGAAGGAGAAACCAAGUUCGGUGCUUUCUGCUGAGAGAGAGGAGCAUAAAAGGCAUUUCGACUCUUUUAUGAGUACCAUGCCUUCGAUUAACUCCACGGACAAAGAUAUUAAAGAAUCUUGCCAAAGCCGAGCACCUUCAGUUGAGUUGCUUGGUGAAUUUGACGUGGGAUCAAUUAGCAGCUCUCUUAAGAGUCGUGCAAUAAAAAGCACAAUGAAAGAUGAAGUGAGCAACUAUUCUGAUUUUCUGGAAAAGGGUUUUGGGAGCAAGGCUUAUUCAGCUCCGGUUCAGGAUCAACAAGAUUUCUCAGAUUUCUCUACCGUGAAUUCCAUUUUAUCUGAAAGAUUGGCUGUCAAGAAGAAAAUUUUGAGGAAAGAGUUCGCAAACAAUGACAUGCAGGCAGGACCGGAUGGAGAAGGGAGGAACGUGGUCACAACUCCACUGAGGCGAUCAGCCAGAAUCCGCAAUCGUUUAGUUGCAUCUCCAUGAUAUUUUUGAUCUUGAUAUCACAAACAGCAUCUCUGUUGUUUCAUGUUGCAGGCCCUUUCCAAAGAAACUAUUGUAGAAUUUGGAUGUGAUCUCUAGUGCCUUCUCACUGUAGAUCCGUUGUAUUCUAAUCUCUAGGAACUGAUCAUUGUAAUACUAAUUAUCGGUUGCUUUUUUGUUUUAACAAUCGCUUUGCCAUCGUUAUCAUCUUUAUGUUUCUUAUCCUUCUUAAUUUCAUCAACAUAUAGUACGGUUUUACAUAUUA